AAAAUAUUCCACGCUACGAGAAUGGACGCUCGUCAAAGCUCAAAGCCAAUUCCAAGCUCGAGCUUGGUCAGUGGUACACGAUAUUCACGACUCUCGCACCAAAUAUGAAGAUUCUGGAGCAUCCUUGAAAGGAUAUUGUUCAUCCAUGACACAAUGAUAAACGCCAGAGUAGAAGCGCACGGAUUGCCCCCAGCUGACUUCGAUUUGCAACGGGAAUGGUACCGAGAAGCUUUGCGAGAUAGUCUACGAGUGGCUGCCGAGACGAAGAAAGUAUCCCACUUCAAAAGAAGCGCGGCAUCAAGGCGAAAUAAUAUAUUAGCUCCAUCAUCAGCGUCUGGACCUGGGCCAAGCAUCAUUGACGGGAUGGGCUAUAACGGUCCAAUGGCGGCGACUAUACAAAUGCCGCAUCCACCCACCAUGAACAAUAUGUCAGGAACAUCCGCUCUCCGACAUCCUUAUCCUCCUCUUGCACAACAACACACAAUGCAAGAUCCAUGGGCAAUACCACCCAAUAAUGUGUCAGGGCCAAUGACCAUCAAUCCUGGCGCAAUUUAUCCCCCAUUCUUCGAAUCUCCAGCUCCGAUGACGGACAACAGUGGGCCACCGUUCCAACCGUCUUAUUUCAUUGGCCAGGGUAACCUAGGUACCCAGGACGAUUUUGAUAAUCUUACGGAUUGGCCGGGUCAGCAAAGGGGAUCUUGAGUUUUUGAGUAUUGAAAUGCAUUCAAGAGGAAAUUUCACUAAAAAGGCGUUGGUCUUUGGAUUACCUACCUCCCUGUCGCUCGCUACCAAGAUUUCUUUCAUAGUCUGUUGCGUCUAUUCACAUCAUAUAUUGGUACUCCCCUAUUCAAGUAUAUAUGCCAUCAAUCAACUUUUGUCUUCCAUGACUCCUGCGUUCAAGCUACUCUCCAGCU